AUGGACCAGAAUAUUAAUUUGAAUUCCUUGACACCUGCACAAAAAGGACAGCUAAUGGAACAAAUGAGAGCUGAAGUUGCUUUGGCGAGUGCCAGAGAGUUAUUGGAAAAAAUGUCGGAUAAAUGUUUUGAAAAGUGUGUUUCUAAACCAGGAACAAGUUUAGAUAACUCAGAACAGGUCUGUGCAUGGAUCGCUAUGUAG